UGGCACAGCAACAUUUUUACCAUGGACACUGACAACACAUAUCAAGUGAAUGGAGAGCAACUUCAUGCAAAAUGUUUCGAAGAAGAAAUCUACAGAUAUGCAUUUUCUGAAUUGGGUUAUUAUACUAAACCCAUUGUCAUCCUUAUCUGCAUAUUUGGGUUGUUGGGGAAUGGAUAUGUUUUGUGGCUCCUUGAUUUCCAUAUUAAGAGAAAUGCUUUCACCACCUACAUCCUGAAUUUGACUGCAGCUGACUUUGGCCUGCUCAUGUUUUUGUCUCUGUCCCUUAUCCUUUUGUUUGCUGAUGACCUCUGUGGAAUACCGCUACCUGUCCAAAUUUCUGUAAUACCCCUGUUACACUUAUGCCAAUUUUGCUAUACUGCCAGUCUCUGUUUCCAUACAAUCAUCAGCAUAGAAAGAUGCCUCUCUGUCUCUUUUCCAAGCUGCUACCAACAUCGGCGGCCACAAUCCCUUUCGUCUGGGCUAUCCAUACUAGUCUGGAUCCUGUGUGUCAUGUUCUGCGGAAUGGAGAUUUCAUUUUACCUGGUUUAUAAUAUGAUGUUAUACCCAGUUGUCAAGAGCAUGUUCAUUGUGGUCAUAUGGGUUUUGCCUCUAAUUUUAGCUGUCUUCACUUUGCUCCUGCUUGCCAAAAUGUGUUGCAACUCUCGGCGCCGACUGCCAGGAAGCCUGACUACUGCCAUUCUUCUCUCCCUCCUGUUUUUCCUCCUCUGCCAUGGCCCAUGGAGCAUCGCAUUUCUGCUAUCCUCCCCUAAACAUUCACAAACUCUUAUUGCACUUUCUCAGCUCCUCCACUCUGUCAAUGGCAUCAUUAAGCCAGUGCUUUAUUACUUGGUGGGGAAACAGGGCAAAUGUUCCUCUACAGAACCCCUGAAGGUCAUUUUCAAGAGGGUCUUCCAGGAUGAAUACUACCCUCUACAAGCGAACGGGUUGACUGAUGCAGAGAUACUUGGUGCAGUAACUUGUUCAACCCAAGCCAUCAACUGACUAAGCCAGCAUUGUUCUUGAAUGGAAAUGCUUUGAUCCUGGACUAUGUAAGAAUAAUUGCUCAUAGUGGACUAUACCAUGAAGCUCAAGCUCCUUACCCAGGAAUGAAGAUGCAAGAUGUAAUCAAUAGGCAUAAC